UAAUGAAUAGACUGCAAGGGAACCAGCGUUGUGUCAGGUCGCAGCUAGAUCACAUGAACAAUCUGCAUACUGCGUAAAAUUGUAUGGAAAAACUUAGUUGGCGAAGUUGAAAUUUCUUCGGGAAAAACCGGACGAAAAUACUGCGUUUAUUAAUGAUUUAUAACUAGCCAUAUGAAUCGCUACUUUGGAAACUUCGUCUACAUGGUGUCGAAAAGCUAUGGCCAUUGCCGGAGAUAAAGAGGCGUAUUUUGAGCUUUCGGCAAGUUCGGUGCGGGAUCUUCAACAGCGAUUCCCCGAAAUUCCCGCUGAUGUUGUUUCCUCUUCCCUGAAAAAGAAUGGAGGCAAUAUGAGUCGUUGUAUCAAGGAGCUUGAACUCGCCAGCCCAUCCUUCAUGUAUGGCGACUUUGUCGGCCACAACACUCCGACCUAUGACGAAAAGAUUACGCCAAACCCCCCACCAAGAACAAACGUCAGCGCUGCUACGUACACAUCUCAGUUUUAUACCCCUGAGCAAAUGGUGGGUAUGCCCAUUCGGGACCCCUAUGAUCACCAAAUAGGCGUGGAGGAUCCCGAGAGGACGCCCCAGCCGAGUUUCACAAGCUGGGCGUCCUUAGAGACCGGAGUGCCUGAUGUGGAAUCGCGGACCGAACCCGGACAUUUUCCUCCAAGUACUUCUGAGGAGGAGAGGCAUGUCGUGUCGUGCACGUUGGACAUACAAAAACUGCCCAUGAGGACAAUAAGCGCGCCAAAUGUUGAGACUGAGCGGGGCAGUCCAGUGCCCGGGGGUUCCCAAUUACGAGGGGAAGCUCCUCAUCGGCAGUCGAGUACUCCCUACGGGAGGACAAGUAACGGCUUAGAACAAAGAGUGGACCUAAGGAACUUCCCCUUUGAGCCGCGGCCUGCUUGGCAGGAACACUCGCAGCCGUUCACAGCACCCAGUGACGAUCCCACUGACGAGCCCAGCGACAGGUGGACACCGCCUCAGCCCCCAGUAAAACCCGCGGAGUCGCGCUCCGGCUCCCAGAUCGCCACCUCUUACCAACUCGACCCCGUACAGCCGUCUAGCCCGGCGGCCAAACCGCGCAAGGGCAAGCAAAGCCAGUCGCCCAUUGUGGCCUCGUACAGCAGAACGACGGACAGCAUAUCCUUUAACCCUGUCUUCUCCGCUCAAGAGCCUGCGAGAGCGUCCCCCAAGCCAGACGACGAAUUCGCGGCCCACCAGACUGCAGCUACCCCAGCCGGGGGAAUUGUGGCCGGGGUUGAUCCAAUCCCUCCAAAGAGGAAAGAGAGGUCAAAGCGAAGGGACGCAACUCUUGUACCUCCAACUCUUCCACCAGACAGAUCCACAUCCAAAGAAAAGGAAGAUCAAGCCUACACAGAGGCGUUACUGAUGCACCAGAGAGCGCGGUACGAACGUCUUAUCAAGGAACUAGAGGAAGAAAAGAAAAGUCUGGCCCUCAUGAGAGAGCAGAAUUCCGGUAUGGAACGGGAGGUGUCCCACAAACGGAAAAACCACCGGUCACCAUUCCCAACGCUUGAGGAAAUCGGUUUACUGCGGAAACAGAAACACCAGCUGCAGAUUGACAUUGAGUGUAUGACGCGGGAAAUAGAAUCCUACAAAAGCCAAGGUUUGAUGGAUGUCACCCAAGCGACCAGUUUCUAUGGCAACAUGGGUUCAACCGGUGCCCCGGGCCCGGUACCACCGAUCCUCAACAAUAACCCCAUCCCUGAGACUGUCAUAGAUGCUGAACCACCCCCUCCUCCAUACGAAUCGUUGAUGUGGAGUUGCUCGGCGUGUACCUUGCUAAAUCACCCUGCGCUGGAUAAAUGCGAGGCUUGCGAAAUGCCACGCGAUAAUGGUACCAUGCUCAGACCCUAAACGGGCAAUCAGUCCUCAUGAGAACGGAGGAGCUAAUUUGUGGCUUGCAGGAUUUUCAACUUGCCAACUCAGCUUGUUUUUGGACAAGUCUGGAUAAUUAGGUUACACUCUUACCCUAGACUGGUAACCUUUUUGUUUAUCAUUCUGUUGGCAUCAUGUUCCUCGCUUCUGUGGAUUUUCAUUGUUCGCUGUGAACUUUGACCUCCACGAGGUCAAAAGAAUAGAAAACUGUUCUGAAGCAUCGGUCAAUCCCUAAAGCUAUAUGCAGUCUUGCUUUGUCGUCUGUUCUUACUGAGAAUCUUCUAAGGAGUGAUUCUAGAACCUGAGGAGGCGAUGGUGUAUAGAAUGAAAUCUACUUGAGCAAUCGACAUAAACAUUGGAAACAAUAUUCAGUGGCCGCUGAAAUCUCAAAUUAUUGUGAGCAGUUGAGUACAAAUAGUGUCUUAGUCCCAGAAGUCUGUAACAGUUUUCCUAUCAUGUUGGAGUAGCUCCAGUUGGUUACCAGCCUUCCUUUAUUGACAAGACGGCACAUGUGCACACAAGUUGUUCUCAUGUCCAUGCAAGUACUCAAUAUGCAUGUUCAAUGAUACUUGGUGAGAGUGUCCUUCUGAUAGUCUGGUUCCUCGGAACAAAAUGCAUUCAUCUGAUGCAGCAGGACCCAAGACACAACUGUGAUUUGUGAAGAAAGGCAAACGAACCUGCAAACAUGGAACAUUUGUAAGCCGAAGUGCCUGUUGUAUUACAUUUGUACAUUAACCCUAAACCCUCCCAGUUCAUUCAAAAUCCACUCAUAGGUUUUGAAGGAUUUUGUAGGAUUGAGGAAGCCAUACAUGUAGCUCAGCCACUGUUACUUUACAUGGAGCUCGACGCCCUUUGCAAGUUUCAAGUCCAAAGGAUGUGCCAUUGGUUUCCUGCAAAAUGAUUGAUUUUGUAGGAUUCAGGAAGCCAGAGCUCAGCCACUGUUACUUUACAUGGAGCAGCUUGAUGCCCUUACAAGUUUCAAGUCCAAAGAAUGUGCCAUUGGUUUCCUGCACAAUGGUGGAUUUUGUAGGAUUGAGGAAGGUAGAGCUCAGACAUGGAGCUCGAUGCCCCUUGUACAAUUAAGUUUCAAGUCCAAAGAAUGUACCAUUGGUUUCCUGCAAAAACGAUGGAUUUUGUAGGAUUCAGGAAGCCAGAGCUCAGCCACUGUUACUUUGCAUGGAGCAGCUUGAUGCCCUUACAAGUUUCAAGUCCAAAGAAUGUGCCAUUGGUUUCCUGCAAAAUGAUGGAUUUUGUAGGAUUCAGAAAGAUUCCUCAGCAAACGUGCUUAGGUAGUGUGGGUUAAUGGUAUAAACUUUAAAAAAAAAUUGUAUCACAACUGUGUCAUAGAUUAAGCAGAAAUUUGUCAAUCUCUGCUCGUAUGAUGAUGUCACAUUUGCCAACAUUUUCUUACGUAGAAAAUCAGAAAUCAAGACUAAGUACUCAAACACUUCUUAAUGUGAAUAUGAAAAUGAAACAACUUUUUUUUUUUUAAUGUGAAUAUGAAAAUAAAAGAAUUGUUUUUUUAUUUUUUGGCCCAGUAAAGCUACAGCAUAUAUAGACAUUAAACACAACCAUUUGAAAUUUAUUUGGAACAUCUUUUUUUUGUAAUCUAAAAUGAGGUGUACAUUGAGUAUUAAUUGGUGGCAUUAUUAUGUUGGUGAGUGGUAAGGGUCAAAGGUCGCUGGCAAACUUAGUCUCCUCACAAGCCGCUGUAUAACAUGACAUUCUUUGUCACAACUUACCAAUGCAUACUUUUUAUGGUACCAGAUUGUCAAGUCUUCUGUUGCUUUUGGUUAAAUGUAGGUUUUCCAAUUGCACUUGGGGUUUUUUUCCUGACAGUUUUGAAUGAAUUUUGAAGGGAAUUUGUUCAAAAAUAGGAAAUAGACAGCCCAAGUCUUCAAAAGUAAAAACCUUCUUUUUUGGUACAUCACUGUAAUAAGUAUUGGAGACAGCAAUGAAAUACUGGAAGUUUUGUAAGUUGACUGGCAUGAAAUGGACUGGCACCUUACCUCAAAUACAAUUCCAUAUUGAGUGUAUCAUGGCUCUGGUCAUUGCAUUGAGGUCUUGGAACAAGACCAAUAUGGCUUCCAGCAUAGUGUUCGACAAACAUCGGAUCCUGUCCUAAUAAUUUUUUUCUUGUCAAAAUUUGUCUCAACUAUCUUGUUCUUACUUGUAUUUUCCUGUAAAAAUUUGGAGUAUAAUUUAAAUGAAGAAAUGGCAUUAUGCAGUUUUACCGAGAAUGUUUGAAAU